AUAAUUUAAACAAACAACAGUAUUCAGUAUAUAUAGACAGUAUUGAAGCAUAUUUUUGUGUGUGAGAAUACAGAAGGGCAAAACUAUUCUUAAAUUUUCAUAAAAAUAAAAAAUGAAGAUUCAUUUCCAUUUAAAUUAUAUAAUUUGGUACUUGAUCUCUUACAAUUAUGUAGCUUUUGCUGUUUUAGUGAAAGAAUGUUCAGAAAUAGACGGCUCUUUUGGGAAUAGUUUACCUCAGUUCAGUAAGUCUAUCAUUCCAGAGCUAAAAGGUAAAAUUAAAGGUGAGGCGGGUAAAAUAGGAAUUAUUGGAGGUUCUAUAGAAUAUACUGGGGCCCCAUAUUUUGCAGCAAUUUCUGCAUUAAAGGUUGGAGCUGAUCUUGUUUUCGUUAUAACAACAGAAAAUGCAGCGCCAGUCAUAAAGUCCUACAGUCCAGAUCUUAUUGUUUAUCCUUAUCUUUCAUUAAACCAUGUUUCUAAAAUCAGCCCCUUGUUGAAUAAAAUGGAUGUUAUAGUUAUUGGGCCGGGUCUGGGAAGAGAGGAUAAUACUGCAAAAUUGAUCAACGAUAUUAUAAAAACCUGCAAUGAUUUAGCUAAGCCCCUAGUUGUUGAUGCUGAUGGUCUUUAUUUUCUAUCCAAAAAUUUAUCUAUAUUGAAAAAUUACCCUAGCCCUGGAGCAAUAUUGACGCCAAAUAUUCGCGAAGCUAAAAUGUUGAGAGAAGCAGUAAACAAUAGUAAUUGGUUAAAUCAUUGGGGAGAAUACGUGUCUGUACUCGUAAAAGGAGAAGAAGAUAAGCUUUUCACUUGUAAUUCUCUUUUGAAUUGGUCAUCAUCUAACGGAGGAUCCGGAAGACGAGUUGGUGGUCAGGGUGACAUUUUAUCAGGGUCUUUGGGAACUUUCUUCAACUGGGCUCUGAAGGCUAGAUUGUGUGAAAACGACGAAUCCGUGCAUCUUGCACAUAGUGUCGCUGCUUAUGCAGCUGCUAAGUUCACUAGGGAGUGUAAUUCGAAAGCCUUCGAAGUGCAUGGGCGUAGUUUAACUGCUUCAGAUAUGUUGAAUUAUAUACAUUUCGCAUUUGACAGUAUGUUUCCUGUUAACAAUUUAUUAAACUAGAAUAAAAAAAAUCCUAUAAUAUACCUAA